UACAAGUUACCGGAGAAAGAAGCAAAAUCAUUAAUCCAUUCAACCACCAAAAACCAAUAAUAAUAAUAAUAAUAAUAAUUCGUUUCGUUCACGCAGAAACCAAACCACCAUGGCUGAUUCAUCAUCAAAUCUGAAAUCAGAAGCGAUAAUCGACUUAAUGAAACAACACUUUUCAACCGACGCUGGCAAAAAACUCACCGAAAAAAUUGGUCUCGUUUAUCAGUUUCAAAUUGCUCCUAAGAAAAUUGGAAUCAAUGAAGUUACAUAUACCGUUGAUCUCAAGAAAGGAGAAGUCACCAAAGGGGCAUAUGAAGGUGGGAAGCCAGAUGCAACCUUUUCAUUUACAGAUGAUGACUUUGUUAAGGUUGCAUUAGGGAAGAUGAAUCCACAGAUUGCUUUCAUGAGGGGUGCAAUGAAGAUUAAGGGAAGUUUGAGUGCUGCUCAGAAAUUUACUCCGGACAUCUUCCCAAAGCCUUCCAAGAUGUGAGCAGAGAUGUCUAUCACUACAGAAAUCUAGCUAAAUACAUAACCUCAAAACCUGAGGAGUAUAUCUAUAGUUAAACACGUUAGAUCAUCAUUCCUAAGGUUGUAGAGGGGUUCAUGAGAAUAUAGUUAUGGAUAAUGAAGGAUAUUGUUAGUGUUCUGCAAAUCUUCCAAUGUCUUUUAUAAUAAUACUGUAGUUGGAUGUUUCAAGUUUGAAAUAGUUUGGAUGACUUUUUAUAAUAAUAUAGAGCUAUCUUUCCAUUGUUACUUUUUGCCAUUAA